CAUUAAGUUUUUUAAUAAGUUAGUUGCUGCAAAUUUAAGUUAAUAAGUUAUUUAAGUGAAAUAAAAACAUGAUGGAUACAAAAGGUUCACAUGUUUAUACUGAUUUGAAUGCUUCGUGGUCAGAAGAACUUAAAUCAGAACAGCAAAGACUAUUCAAAACCGAGCUAAUUAUUAAACUCUUAAAACAACCGGAUGUUUCACUAUCUGUCGAAAACAGAGCUUUAAUUAGUAUUCACCAACAUGAUGGCUCUCUCCCUCUGGGGUUAGACAGUAUACGGAAUGUCGAACUAAGUUAUCACGACCGCAUAAUGCUAAAUCGGGUGCUGGAGGCGAAAAUACUGAAGUUCACACAGCCAGUGGUAGAGAAGUUUCUGGAACUAACCGAUAAUAAUUUAAACUCCCUUGGAAAUUCUACACAUCAAGACUAUUUUGAUGUGCUGGAGCUUGAUGCAGAAAAAAGAUCACUAACUGAAAAAUUAUUAAAGUUGAAAAACCGUAAAAUACAUUUUAUGAAUCUUUGCGCUGAAAUGAGAACUGGGCCUUAUCAGCGGAACAAUGUUGAAACAAAAAAUGUCGAGAGCAAAGCUUUACAAAUAAAAGCUGAGACAAUUCAGCGAGUUAUGGUUCACGAAAUAGUUACUAGUACUGCCCAUGCACAAAAGGCUGUAAAAGAGGUGGAAUCUAAUAUUGAUACACUGUUGGGCUUCAAAUAGCGUAAGCAAUAUUGUUUAUUUUCAUUUUAUUUAAUUAGAAAAUGUGUACAUUAAUCUGUAAUAAGUGUUACUAAAGCGGUCCCUUGUAAAAUCCAAUAAUCAGAAGAUUUGUUUGUUUCCAAAAGAAUCGAUAGAACAAAAUUUGUCGAGUGACCGGUGGUGGACAAUACUCCCGCUCGUACACUUGUUUUGUAUAAUGGUGCUUCAUAACGGUUUCCGACGUCCAACUGUACGCAUGGUUUCAACCAAACUACCGGGAGCCUUGAUACGAGCUCCCCGAGACGGGCAUCACACAAACCUCCCUCUUUUGGAUCCCAUCGGCCUGCUUCAACAAACAAUCCAUGCACUAAUAUUCCAUAAUCUGGAACUUUGAGAUCCUCGAAAAAGGAAUUACUCUGUAAUAGAAAAG